GUAGUCUGGGAUCAGAGCGGACAGCGCCAGAUCGCGGAGCGGACCCUGGAGCGAACCCCGGAGCCUCUGGUCCCCAGCAGCCUAUAGCUCUUCCCCUGUCCGGCCCGCGUGAUCCCGGGAGCCCCAGAGAUUUUACCUGCCUUGAAGGCACGUGAUCAGGACCAAAGGUUCUCACUCCCCUGCUGCCCACGUCUGUGUCCAGUCCAACCAUGAACCCCCCAGAGGCGCCCGCACAAACAGAGAUGGUGGAGCUUGUGCCCAAUGGCAAACAUGUGGAAGGGCUGUGCCCUGUGGCUUUGCCCACUGGAGGAGUUGACAGGUGUGAGGGUGGAAGAACCAGCCAUGGGGAAGCAGAGGGAUUCCUGCCCCAAAAUGUCAGCAAAGAGACACACUUCACAGAUUUUGAAGGGAAGACUUCAUUCGGAAUGUCUGUGUUUAACCUGAGCAAUGCCAUCAUGGGCAGCGGCAUCUUGGGGCUGGCAUAUGCCAUGGCCAAUACUGGCAUCCUGCUCUUCCUGUUCCUCCUCACCUGUGUGGCCCUGCUCUCUAGCUAUUCCAUCCACUUGCUGCUCAAGUCCUCAGGGAUUGUAGGUAUCCGGGCUUAUGAGCAGCUGGGCUAUCGAGCCUUCGGGACACCAGGGAAGCUGAUGGCAGCAAUAGCUAUCACCCUGCAGAACAUCGGAGCCAUGUCCAGUUACCUGUACAUCGUGAAAUCUGAAGUGCCCCUGGUCAUCCAGACCUUCCUCAAUCUACCAGAGAAAACCUCGGAUUGGUACAUGAAUGGGAACUACCUGGUGAUCCUGGUCUCAGUCACCAUCAUCCUGCCCUUGGCUUUGAUGAGACAGCUGGGAUACCUGGGCUAUUCCAGUGGCUUCUCUCUCAGCUGCAUGGUGUUCUUCCUGAUUGCAGUCAUCUACAAGAAGUUCCAGAUCCCAUGUCCACUGUCCACAUUCUCUGCCAAUGUGACAGGCAAUGCCAGCCAUGUACAAAUCAUCAUGAAGGAUUCCUCGGGUGGGGAUCCCCUCAUCCAGGCCUCCAACACUGAGAGCUGUGCUCCCAGCUUCUUUACCCUCAAUACACAGACAGCAUACACCAUCCCAAUCAUGGCCUUCGCCUUCGUCUGCCACCCAGAGGUGCUGCCCAUCUAUACAGAGCUCAGGGGCCCCAGUAAGCAGAAGAUGCAGCACAUAUCCAACCUGUCCAUUGCCGUCAUGUAUGUGAUGUAUUUCUUGGCUGCCCUCUUUGGCUACCUCACCUUCUAUGAUCGGGUGGAGUCGGAGCUCUUGCACACUUAUAACAAAGUGGACCCCUUUGACGUGCUGAUCCUGUGUGUCCGAGUGGCCGUGCUCACAGCUGUCACCCUCACUGUCCCCAUUGUCCUUUUCCCGGUUCGGAGGGCCAUCCAGCAGAUGCUGUUCCAGGACAAAGAGUUCAGCUGGCUUCGGCACACCCUCAUCGCUGUCACCCUGCUGACUUUUAUCAACCUAUUAGUCAUCUUUGCCCCCAACAUCCUGGGCAUCUUCGGAAUCAUCGGUGCCACCUCUGCCCCCUGCCUGAUCUUCAUCUUUCCAGCAAUCUUCUAUAUCCGAAUUGUGCCCAAGGACAAAGAGCCACUGAAGUCCACUCCCAAAAUAUUGGCUGCAUGCUUUGCAGGGUUAGGUGUUCUGUUGAUGACCAUGAGCCUGAGUUUUAUCAUCAUUGACUGGAUCUCUGGGAACAGCAAGAGUGGUGGUAACCACUAGGACCCAGCAUGGCCUGGGGUCGCCCGUCACCCACCCACCUGUGCCAUUGCCUGCCAGGACUGCUAAGCUGCCAAGGCCCUAGGCUGGUGGGGGGGGAGGAGGAAGGGAGGACACUUUUCACUCGAUGUGUGUUUUUGUCUUUAAUUAUUGUUAUCCCUAUCGAGGAUCUUUUUUUAAAAAAAAGGGGGCAGGGACCGGGCCUUGCAGGGGAUAGAACUGGAAAGGCUAGUACAUUGGGUUCCCUCCCUAAGGGGCACGGAGGCCUCAGAGGCCGGGCCUUGGGCAUCUCCGUCUUCCCUCCUGCGGUCUGGGGAGGGCUGACGCCUCUUAGGAUAUCCCCUGAUAUCUCCACCACUGACUGCUUGCCUGGAAAGGUGGGGCUCAGCAGAGGACAGGAUCCAGUGACUUCAGUAAAAAUGGGCCGAAUCCACCUCAUGCUCUUGAGUCACUGGGUUCCCAGGCCUCCUCUCUUGUCUGCUGAACAAAGGCAUCUUCUACCCUGUCACCAUGUCCCCCCUUCCACGUAGGGUCUAGAAACCAAUUUGUAGGGGACGGGAGGGAGAUGAUUAGAGUCCAGAGACUUUUUCCUGGCCCUAUUUGCUUCUCAUCACUGGGGCUGAGGAGAAUCCUAUUUGUAAAAUCCUGAGGUUCAGCCCUUGGUAGACAGCUAGGGAAAGGUUAGUUACCUCCAGCCAACACCUCAUGCAGACAGUUGGGAGAAAAAUGUGUUUCUAUCACCUCUGGUAAGAGGCUGCCUUGGAGAUCAGCUGAGCCAUCAUGGCACCCCCAAUGUCACCAUUGGUAAGGGAAUUCCAUGGGAUGGGAAAGAUUCUCUGCUCUCAGACAGGGAAGGGAGAAUCAAGGGAAGGAGGACUCUCUGGUGGGAGCCAUGUUCCCUUUACAUAGGCAAGGGCAGGCCCUGCCUCUAGGGGAUGCCUCCUACACUGACCCUGAACUUGCCCUUCCCCAAGAAGGCUCAUCUGUGCUCUUCCUGGGGGCAGAGGGCUUGGCCCACCACAUCUAUCCCCUUAGCCUUGAAGGGGAUGGGGCCUGGAGACCCCUGCAAGAGCUUCUUCUGGCUCCCCUUUCCCACUCUCGUGUACACUAGUUCUCCCUCCCAAGUCAAUGCUGCUCUCCACUGGUAGCAUGAGGUAUGUGUGGCAGGAAUCUCCCCGCUGUUUUAGGAAAAUUGUGGUCUCCAUUGUACCUCAACCUAAGCUAGGUAAACCAAGACCACGGCUGGCUUCGGAGGCUCAUCUGGCUCUUCUGGGUCUGCGUGACAGGAAUAGAUCAGGCCCCUGGCAGACACCCCUAUGCUGCCACUCUGCUGUGCCAUCUUGCCAAUACCCCAAUUCUGACUGGUUGGCACUUUAUGAUUGGGAGUAGGGGGAAAGUUGAAACCCUGAGCUGGAGGGCUAUAACUAGAUUGGCUGUGGUUAAUUCUGUAAGAGGGUACCUAAGGUACCUGGGGGUAACAUAUGAGACAAAAACUUUUUAGAAAUGCCAUCCAAGGACAUCCUUCUGUCUAUAUUCUGGGAUGUGUCUGGGCUGCCUGGUAUCCAAGCAAUACACAUCCCUGAGUGUAUUACCCGGUGGUUCACUCAGGUUGGGCCGCACAGCCCCAGUAGGCAAAACGAGAUGAGCAGAGAGAAAAGCCAGCUCUCAGAAUUGAACAGGUCCUAAUGCCCAGCUGCAGGAGGCCCCAGCAGGGGGAAACAUUGGGAGUUUUGAAUUCUCGAAGCCAUCCCCCUCCCCCUGACACACACACCUCCCACCCUGGGAGGGAGAAUCCCCUGCCUGGUCUUAAGCCCGGAGGUGGGAAGAUGAGAGAGUGCUUGGUGCCAACCCCUUCCAAAGGCAUCGGAAGCAGCAUGGAGAGAGAAAUAGCCUUCAGGGUGGGAGCUGGCAGCCUUCGGCCGGAAGCCCCCUUCCCUCCCACCUCCCCAAUCCCUGAGGGAGGGGAGUGAGGAGUGGGCUGAGGAGACGUGAGGUGCAUUUCCCUUGAGUUCAGGACUAGCUUUGUGAGCCAAGCUCUGACUUCUGAGAAACUCAGGCCAUGGAGAAGCCUCCCUAACAGGGAGGUGGGAAACGUUGGAGGGGGGAGGUAGAGUGGGAACAAGCUUCCUCACCACCACUCCCCCAGGCCGCUGGAAGGCCUGAGGCUUGGCAAGCUUGCCUCCCUGCUGAGCAGGCCCUGAGAGGGACCAGCACCCUUUCUCACAGGUUGCAUUUCCAAUCCUCUAUCCAAGUGUGCUCCAAACUUGGAAACACUGAAAUCCAGCCCCACUGACACACCACAGACCUUCUUAAGAACAAUAAAAGUUGGUGAAAACUGAAGUUAA